CCACAGUCCGGAAGCCAGCAGGUGCCUAUAUAAACCAGGCUGCUCUCACCACAGCCGAUUCAGCUUUUCUCCUGAAGAGAAACUGGCCACGCUUGUGCUGAGGGGCAGCGGAGCUUGGGGGUAGCCCUGCAGAAAUGCCUCUCGAGGUCGCGGAGAAGGGAGGGGUGUGGCGGCGGUACGCGCCGCACGUUCAGAUGACCCUGGCGCAGCUGUGCUACACGCUCAUGUACUUCAUCACCGAGGCCGCCUUCAACCGGGGGCUCAACCCCUACGUCUACAUCACCUACCGGCAUCUGCUCGUCGCCGUCCUCAUCUGGCCCUUCGCCUACUACCAUGAGAGGGGGUUGAGGCCCAAAAUGACAUUCAAGCUGUUCAUGGAGAUCUUUGUGCUGUCGCUUCUCGGGGUGAGCUUAACUCUGAACAUGUACUUCGCGAGCCUGAGGUACACAUCCCCGACGUUCGUCACUUCCAUGGUGAACACCAUCGCCUCCAUGACCUUCGUCAUCGCCAUCAUCCUCAGGAUGGAGAUCGUGGACGCCAAGAGCCUACGAGGGCUCGCCAAGAUCGCAGGGACCGUGGUGUCUUUCGCCGGGGUGACCACCAUGACCCUGUACAAGGGAGCGGUGAUCAAGAGCCUCUGGAAGUCGCCUAUCCACAUACACGGCGGCGGCGGCGGCGCGCAUGAGAGCUGGGUGAAAGGUUCAGUCCUCGCCGUGGCCAGCUGCAUAUGCUGGUCCAUCUGGUACAUCAUGCAGGCGUCAUCUCUGAAGAGGUACCCGGCCCAGCUCUCGCUGACGGCAUGGAUGUGCACGGUUGGUGGCAUCCAGUCGACUGUUUUCACGGUGUUCAUGCAGCACAAGCCGGAAGACUGGCUCAUCGGCUUCGGCCUCAAGUUCUGGUGCAUCGUGUACUCGGGGCUCGCCUGCAACGGCUUCACGGUCUUCGUCCAGCUGUGGUGCACCGAGAAGAAAGGCCCCGUCUUCGUGACCAUGUUCAACCCCCUCUCGACGAUCAUGGUGGCCAUCCUGGCCUACUUCAUCUUCGGCGAGAACCUAUACGUCGGAAGCAUCAUCGGAGGGGUGGUUGUGAUUCUGGGCCUGUACAUGUUGCUGUGGGGCAAGGAGAAGGACCAAGAGCACGGCGCGAGCAAAGAGCAGGAGCUCGAGCUGGACUGCGAGAAGCAGGCGAGGAAGGUGAGCGACGUCUACGCGGUGCAGCAGAGCGGAAGCGAAGCGCCCAGGACGAUGAAGUGAAGUGACGGGAUCUGAUGGCUCGGUCUCCUGAUGUACAGAAUUUCUCCGAUCCAUUCUCACCUUAACUAUGCUCGUCUGCUGUGGAUCAUCCCAUGGGUAUAUGAAAUUCAGUAAUCUGUGAGGCUGUGAUCCUGAAUCCGAGAGUACCAGUUCCAGCAGCCGUGCGCAGUGAUUUUUCGAUGUUGCCGUUCCAAAACUGAAAAUAAGACAGUUUCAAAUGAAAAAAAAUGAAGAUGGGCCGAACGGGUUAACAGGAUAGUGGGCCUGCCAUGGUCCGGCCCACUUUCUUUCUUAAG